AUGUUUAACAAGGUGUUUUCACUGGCUUUUGUAACAUGCGGACUACUCGCCAUUGUUCAGGCUGCAAGAACGGUUAAGGAGUGUGAAAAGCAAAUGCCUGCCUCCUUAAAGAGACAGCUGUGCGAGGUGCGUCAGUACAAGAUCUUGGGUGGGCAAGAUAUGGACAGGCACAUGGAUUGUGUGAUGAAGACGCUUGGGUUCGUUCGUCCCGAUGGCACUGGAGAUUACCAUAAGCUCAUCAAACCACUGAACGCGAUCGAGAAGGAUCGUAAACAUGAUUUCAAUCUGGAAACGUGCGGUGGAAAAACGAUGCGCCUACCGGUGGGCGAACGUGCGAAUGCUUACUACACGUGCCUGCUGAACUCGUCGUCCGCUGAAUCGUUCAAGAAGGUGUUCGAUCUGACGGAGCUGGUAAAGGCUGGCAAACUACCGGCACUGGCACAGUACGGUGCACAGGUGGAGAAGCUAAUGAAGAAAAUUGAUGCAAAGAUUUGCAAGUGA